AUGGCCUCAGCAGAAGCAGCAGCAGACUCGCCGACUCUGGGCUCCGAGAGUCCGGACUCAAUGAUCAGGAAGACACAGCAGUCGAGGCCGAAACCUGCAGUCACGAACUUCUCUCGGCCUAGAAUCUUCAAGGACUCUUCAGGGAAGACGUAUCAGGAAGGCGAUAGUAAUGUCAAAUCCGUAAACGCAUACUACGAACAAGAAAACGACAAUACCGAGACAGAAACAGAGACAGAAACAGAAACAGCAACAGAAAAUGGCUCAGUCCACCAAGAUCGAAAUAUCGACGAGCCCAUGCCCUCCGAACCCAGAUUCUCCCUCGAUGAUGAAGAAGAAGAUCACCCUGUCCCUCGAGGACUACGCUUCUCAACCUCCCUACCUCUCCCUACCGAAGCCCGCUUCUCGGUAGAAACCUUCGAUCUCGACCCUUCAGACUCAAAUCCCAAAUCCAGCCUGACAGAAGGAAAAACUUCCCUGAUAUCCCGAACCGAAGCCUUUCUCAAAUGCAAAGGCUCCGCACUCUUACGAACCGAAGAUCAAAGACAUCCAGGAGGAGGAAUCCUAAAAGCGAACAAUAACAACAACAACACAACACAACCAAACGACAGCUCAGAAUCCCCUAGACCCCAAACCUCCCAAACCUCCUCCUCCUGCUCAACAAACCACCCUCGACCCCUAAAAUCCAUCCUCAAACAAACCUCCAUAGAAAUCACCUCGGAACUCGCAUCUUCGAGUUUCGAAGCUGGCGAAGACACUCGUAGUCAUCAUACGAUUUCCGAAGAUGGUGAAGAUGGGAAAGAAUGGCAUUCGAGUGACUUUGAUGCGAGUGCUUUAGGACUGAGUGAGAAGGAAAGGAAGAAGCUGGAGAAGAAGGGGGUGAAUUUGAGUUUGUAUGCGGAGAUUAAGGCCGCUAGAGGGAGUGGGAAGGUUGUAGGGGCGUUAGUAGGGAAUGGGUAA